AUGCAUCUAUCAAUGCGCUUCGGGGCCUUCUUGGCUUUGAACCUGUCUCUUCUUCCAAGUGUGACAGCAUCUUCGACUUGCAGUCAAUUAGCCGGCAGUAUUUACACUGGCCCCAACGACAGCAAAUUCGAUAUUCUAUGCGAUACUGCUGCAAUCAACGGCAAUAUCUUUGCCUAUUGCUCAGAAGGAGAUGAGUUCCAAGAUUGCGUGGAUCGAUGCGAUGCUGAGAACGUUUGUGUUGUUGCAUUGUAUUUCGCCGGAAGCAGUGACUGUGCUUUAAUCAACAGCUAUCAGGGGACAGCGGCGUUCAAUGGGAACGAUAUAGCUAUUAAGAGACCAGCUGAAACUUCAACUUCGGCAGCACCUGAGACUACGACAACGGAGGUUACUACAUCAGAAGCUGCUACUACAUCUGAUGUUGCUACUACACAUGAGGCUGCUGCAACUACGGAGACCACUUCGACAGAAGCGGCUUCGUCAGAAGCCACAUCGUCUACUAGUAUUGAAACAUCAACCGAUGAUUGCGACGAUGAGACUUCAUCUCUCGAGACAUCGGCUACUGUGACUACAUCUACAGUAACAGGAUCCCAGGUACAGCCCACGACCUCAUCCACCGACAGCCAGGGCUCCUCCAGUACGAGCAAUCAAUCAUCAGAGGUUUCUACUUCUGCUCCCUCAGCUACUUCCACUAUUUCGUCAACAUCGUCUUUGGCGACUACAAAGAGUGAGACUUCUCUAUCAACAUCUCUGCCAAGCUCUGUUACAAGCCAAGCUGGGUCCUCUCUACCUGUCUCUUCCGGUACCACAGUGACUCAGACUUAUACUCAAACUUAUGCAACCUAUAGCCAGGGAGCUUCAUCGUCCGGUUCUUCUAAUUCUGGAACCACGAAGGUUGGCUCCAAGACGCUUUCGACUUCUGGUGUCACUGUCAUCAAGACAACUUCUGGAGGUCAUAAACCAACGACUUACCCCACUACUUACAACGUCUGGACUGUUUGCCUGACUAUAACCGAGCAUGUCACUUGCAGCACUGGUGUAGUUACCGAGACAGCUACUACUACCACUUAUGUCACUGUUGGCAGUAACGGCGGGAGCUAUGGACCUCCAGUGAUUACAACGCCUGCCGGAUGUAUUGGAGGUUAUCAGGUUGAUGCUAACGGCCAUAGUUAUCCUGUGACACAACCUACGAAGGGUACCUAUGGAAACUCCCCCAGCGGUGAGUAUAGCCAGCCGUCUGUUCGACCUACACCGGGAUCACCGGCCAAUCCCCAGUCUGGCUACGAGACUGCCAAGGUCCAUAAUCCUGCUCCAGCUGCAGAAUCACAUGGAAGCUCUCAGCCAGGACAGGGUGAUAAGCAGCAUUCUGUUCCAGGUCAAGGCUCAUCAGAGCACAACAAUGGCAAGCCUCAAUCGACACAAGGUGGUGCUACCGAGACAGCUAUCUCCGGAUACUACCCUGGUGCCUCAGUGAAUCCUUCACCCUCAUCGGCUAUUCAUCAGGGCCAGCAAGGCAUCUCAACGAUCUUCACUAUCAAAGCAAGUGUUACCGAGGAGAUGCAGGCACCCAAGUCCACACAUAGUGGUUCAUCGGAGGCUGGAGAGGCACCAUACACACCAGUCAGUGUUUCAGGGGCCAACAGACAUCAGUUCAUGGCUUGGACACUGGCCGCUGGAGCCAUCCUCGGAUUUGCGAUGUUGACUUAAUGAUAUGCACGAUGGGGUAGAUACAACUCUUGUAAAUAGUGUAGACCGUCAAUACACAAUCCUCUUGGG